AGCAUAUAAAAGGUCCAUCCCACAGUCAGUGAAGCUCACAUUCCUUCAUCAAGUAGCAGAGUCCAUCCCAGUUUCUUCACACUCUUUUUUCUGAAAAGGCUCUUGAGGAGAUCUCAGAGAGAAGAGCUUUGGAAGAGGCAGAUAUUUUGUUUCUCUUUAACCCCGGCCAUGUCUCUGGGAGGUGAUGUGUGUGUGGUGACGGGAGCCUGUGGAUUCCUGGGAAGGAGGCUGGUGAAGCUGCUGCUGGAGGAAGAGACGAUGGCGGAGAUUCGGAUGUUGGACAAACACGUACAACCUCAAGUUUUAAAGACUCUGGAGGAUUGUAGAGGCAGCACACAGCUGAGUGUGUUCGAGGGAGACAUCAGGGACAGUGAUUUUGUGAGGAAAGCCUGUCGAGGUGCGUCAGUCAUCUUCCACACGGCCUCCAUCAUCGACGUCAAUGGAUCAGUGGAGUACAGUGAAAUGUAUGGCGUCAAUGUCAAAGGAACGCAGGUUCUUCUGGAGGCCUGUGUUCAGGAGAACGUGGUGUCCUUAAUCUACACCAGCUCCAUCGAGGUGAUGGGACCAAACCCCAAAGGUGAACUCAUAAUCAAUGGCAGCGAGGACACAAUUUAUGACAGUACCUUGAAGUUUUCCUACAGCAAGACCAAAAAUGAGGCAGAGCAGAGAACCCUGCUGGCCCACGGAGAGGUGCUUCAGAACGGAGGCCGACUGGCCACCUGUGCCCUCAGACCUAUGUACAUCUUCGGCGAAGGGUGUCGCUUCCUGCUGGGCCACAUGGACGACGGGAUACGAAACAAAGACGUUCUGUUGAGAUUGUCUCUACCAGAGGCUCGAGUGAAUCCUGUCUACGUGGGAAACGUAGCCGCGGCUCAUCUCCAAGCAGCUCGCGGCCUCAAAGAUCCACAAAAGAGAAAUGUGAUAGGAGGAAAGUUUUUCUUUAUUUCUGAUGACACGCCGCCGGUGAGCUACUCAGACUUCAACCACGUCCUGAUGGCGCCUCUGGGCUUCAACAUUCAAGAGAAACUCCGGCUGCCGCUCUACCUCCUCUACGCGCUCUGUUUCAUUUUGGAGAUCCUGUGCACGAUGAUCCGACCUCUCAUACGUGUCGCCCUGCCGCUGAACCGGCAGCUCCUCACCAUGUUGAACACGCCGUUCACCUUCUCCUAUCAGAAAGCCAAGAGGGAUCUAGGAUACGAGCCCAAGUACAGCUGGGAGGAAGCACGCAAACGCACCAUUGAAUGGCUCGCCUCAGAGCUGCCUAAAGAGAGGGAACGAAUUACAGCUAAAUGAUUCAAAGUGGUCAACUGUCUCUCCUCAAAUUUUUUGUUAUAUACAACAGCAAACUUAUUGUUAAAGCAACACUCUUAAACUUUUUUAUCUUACAGGAGCAGCUUCAAAGUACAUAGAAUUAAUCACCCUAUGUGUCUGCAGAGGGCGCUGUUGCUCAGUAAGAGUUACAUAAUGUUGCUGUAAUGUACAUAUUUGGUCAGGUGGCAAAUAACUAAUUCAAAGUCUUUCAGUACAAUAUCCAUUUGUAGUGACUACAACUUUUUUACCUAUGUUUCUGCACUCAGUAUAUGUGGUUAUGAUUAAAAGAGGUGUGGUUUAACAAAGAAAGAGCUCAAAUUGACUAUUUAAAUAAGAUUUUUUUCAAACACAACCUUUCCCUAAACUUAACCAAAGUAAUUGUGUUCCUUAAACACAGCCCAGACCCUGGGUAUAUUAAUGUGUUCAUGAAUGUGCAGCUUUAUUCAUUUAAUAAAUGUCCUGACCUGAGAUGUAAUGUUAAUCCCAACCAUGUCAUUGAGAAAACUGUUUUUGUAUUUUUUCCCACUUGGAGUCAGGGUUGGACAUUUAAUAAAAAAGAUAUUUCACCAAAAGUUGAAAACAUAAGCAGUAGUCAUUUAAAAACACAGCGAUGUAAAUAAUGAAUUGAUUGAAUUAUUGCAUAACUAAUGAAUGACACAAUGAUUUAACUCAAAAACGUGUGUUAUCUCCAUGUUAUUUUUUAUUAUCAGAUAAUGAUUAUCAAUACAUAUCAAUACAUAUAUAAAUGUAUAUGCCUUUCAAAUUAGCUGCAAUCUGGUGACCUGGAAAAUAUCCAUCAUGAUUCAUGCAUUUGUUUUUUCUGACAGUUGAACACUUCACAUUCACACAGGAAGAUGAAGCUGAUUAUUAUCAAACUAAUGAGCUGAGAUGGAAACGUGUCGCAGCAUCGCUCAGUGGUUUUCUUUUUGGCACUUGUAUGUUUUUGCUUUCUCUUCUUUUCUUCCAUUUUCUCAGACCCAACUGACAAAUAUCAUAA